AUGCGACACACAUGCAUUCUAGGGGGGGACUGCAAUGCAGAGGUAAGUGAACUCACACCACAUGUUGGCAGAGCUCUCCUGAAGAAGCGGGGGCACGAUGGAAACAAAGACGCAGGCGAGGGCCUGCCGGAGCUCUUGCAAACCCAUGGCCUCUGUCUCCUGAACACUUGGCACGGUAGGAACAAGGCCACCAACCUUACAAGUGGGGCCCUUAGCCAGAUAGACUUCGUUGCCGUUCGAGUACAAUGGGCAGAUCGACUGGCUAAGCAGAGUGACUCUCUUCCAGCAUGCCCCGUCGGAGCCUGGAAAGCCAAUCGACACUUCCCCGUACAGGCCUCAAUCAAAUUGGUGUCACCUUGGCACCUGAUUCGGCAGCCGAAGCCCGCCGGUGCACUGAUUGAUAAGGUUGCACACGACCUGUCUCAAAUACCAAGUGCAUUGAGCCCUGGUGAGCUUACCGUCAAGGUGGACAGUAUCCUGAUUCGAAGAGCUGAGCAGAUGGACCGCGCCAAGAAGAUCAAAAGACAGAAGAUCCAAGACAUUAUGUGUGAACUGGAGCAGGCUGCCCAGCGAGGGGACCAAGGAAGCACCUACGCUGCCGUUCGCAGGCUGGCUCCCUGGAAGCCAGCGAGUUCCGGAUUCCUCACACCCACACUCCAGUUACAGGCCCUUACGGUGCACGCCCAGGACAAAUUCUGCCAGGGCACUGACUACCGACCGACAGGUGUGCUCCUGGAGGGUCUCGCCGUCACGAGUGAUCAACUUCAGUCUGCCCUUAGCAAGCUGCCGAUUCGGAAGGCAGCGCCGCCGGGAGCGGCACCGUCUGCUUUAUGGAAAAACAGCGCCGAGGACCUAGCCGAGACCUUCCUUUACCCGGUCACCCACAUGUGGGGCUCAGGUCAAACUGGGCGUGCACCUUCCAUCUGGAAAGACGCCAACAUGGUCUGGAUGCCGAAGCCCAAUAAGGAUCCCAGCCUGUUAGCCAAUCUUAGACCCAUUGGGUUGGUACACCCCAUGGGCAAAUCCAUCUGCACACUGCUUAGGUCCCGACUGCUGCCCGUCCUCACACAGGCAUUGAUCACACGCCCGCAGUUUGCAUAUGCCAAAGGCAGAUCCACCCUGGACGCCUUGUUGCGGGCACAUGGGCACCUCACCCGGACACGCCAGGAGAUCUAG